AAUGAAAAAGUUCGACCAGUCGAAAAUGGGCGUCAAAGGUCUUUCUGAUUCCGGCAUCACCACCAUCCCUAGCUUCUUCCUACACCCUCCCGAAACCCUCCCCAAUCUCAAAUCUUCUUCCACUUGCACCGCAAUCCCUCUCGUCGAUCUCUCAGGCAUAAAAUCCGAGCUUCAUAGGCCAAAGAUUGUCCAACAAAUCCGAGAAGCCGCGAAAACCUGGGGAUUCUUCCAGGUGAUCAACCACGGCUUGCCAGUCUCCAUGCUAGACGAGACCAUCGCCGCCAUCAAGGCGUUCCACGACCAGCCACCGGAGGUGAAGGCGAAGCACUACAAGCGAGAAGAGGGACGCGGUGUCAUGUACACGAGCAAUAAUGAUUUGUAUCGGUCUAAGGCAGCUAGCUGGCAUGAUUCGCUGCAGGUGUGGACGGGGCCGGAGCCACCCAACGCGGAGGAGAUACCGGUGGUGUGCCGGAGGGAGGUGGUGGAGUGGGACAUCCAUGCGAAGAUGGUAAGUGAGACGGUGAUGGAGUUACUGUGUGAAGGGUUAGGGUUGGAGGCUGCCAAGUUUAAAGAGUUGACUUUUUCUGAUGCUAGGGUGUUUCUCGGCCACUGCUACCCUUACUGUCCUCAGCCUGAUCUGACGCUGGGGAUUACAUCACACACUGAUCCUUCGUUUAUGACAGUCUUGUUGCAGAACCAGGUGCAUGGUUUGCAAGUCAAGCAUGGUGAGGAGUGGGUGGACGUCAAACCUCUUCCCGGAGGGUUGAUAAUUAACAUUGGGGACUUUCUUCAGGUAAAAUAUAUUUCAAUUUUUUGCAUUAGAAAAUCAAAAUACAGUUUCCCCUUUUCCUUCAACGAAAUUGAUUUACCGAAAAAUAAAAAAUAAAAAAAAAUAUAGAAAUUUUAGAAAUUUCUUAUUAAUAUUAAUUAGUAGAGAAGUUUCUAUUGUUCCCUUUAGAAAUUUAUGUAUAUUAAUCAAUUAGAGCACCUUCUAAUUAUAUAUUUUUUUAUUUGAAAAUAAUAAUAUUUAAUAUUUUCUAUGGAAUGUACA